UAUGUUACUUAAUAGAUAAUACUAUUUAUACAUAUAGCCGCAAGGUUAAUGUCAUGCGGAAAUAUUCACGCAAUUCACAAAAUUUCAUCGGAUUUAGCUAUAUGUGUUUUAUAAAACGAGUGAUUUAAGGCUAGUCUUCGUGCCACUUUCGUGAUUGAUAUACAAUAGAUAUAUCAUGUUCACGGAGAUACCAACAUAAAAACGUAAGUUCUCUUUUUAUUAUUAUGGUUCAGAUCUGAAGUAUUUUCAUAUUAUGACGUAGAUAAAAUAUGUAACACUUUAAAGCAGGUUUUCAAAGAAGUUGUCAAAAUGAUACAUUGUUAAACCAGGUUUCAGCACAGUGAAGAUCUUGGUUAUUAGACGUGUGUUUUACGUGCUGGCGGUCAUUGUCAUUGAAUUCCGGUCUUAAAUUCAGUUGUUUGCAUCAACCUAAAAUCUUGAUGAAGCAAACUUGCAUGGCUACUUAACUGGAUUGUACUAUGUGCGUGUCGGGUGCUCAUGGCUUUCUUUACUUCAUCUCGAGUCAUCCUAAGGUCAAAACGGCAUCUGUUUAAUAAAUGGGGUUUCGAUGAAGAUAUUGAGCAAAAUAUGACGACGUCCUUGCACGCGGUCGCGCUGUUACUUGUCGUGGUGGCCGCCCCAGUUACGUUUGGGAUGUUUGUAUCCAUGGCUGAAAAUAAACUCACCCUUCCAAAUGACUCGCCUAAACCUAUUGAUAAACCGGUCACUGAAACGGAAGAGCGAAUAACGGACGUCGAGAAGGACAAACGUGUCUUUAAUACUGGUUUUGGUGAGCCUGAUGAGUCUGCUACAGCUAUUGACAACGCAUCAAAGACGAACGAGGCAUCGAAAACAACGGCAAAGACACCCACCGCUGAAAUAUCAGAAACCUUUUCUGGUUACAACAAUGCAACGAUGACUGCCAUGUCAAUGAAACUAAAAGCAUACAUUAAGCAAAUACCUAUACCAGUAGCAGAUUCUUGGAGAGAUGUGUACUUAGCUUAUCUAAGGUUUCUUUCCGAGAAAAUUCGGCAAUAUGGAGAUAUUAAACAAUACAAUGAGGGACACAAUGGUCACAGUCAGCACUACCUUUCCAUGAUUCAAGAUCGCAUUGAUAAACUAACGGAUGCACCUAAAGAUGCGUCUGAUCGUGAUGAUCGUAAUAAUAACGAUACAGAUCUUGCGGAUGGAGAAAAGAUCGGAAAAGUAAAACGUACCAAUACACAAGCAGAUGAUGAAAAAACUCAUGAACGUGACAAAACAUUAUUCAACAAAGAUGUUGACAAACAUCUGGGAUCAGCAAUGAAUCCUAAGGAAACGCAAUCUCAGAAGGUUGAGGCACCUUCCAAUGCGUCAGAAGAGCAAAUAACAGACGAUGAUAUGAACCAACAAGAUGCUUUUGCUGAUGUUGAUGUGACUGACCAGGCUGAUUCAACUGUUGAGAGCACAACAAACACAUACGGGGUGCGCAAAAAGCGUCAAGCAAAUGACACCAUCGUAAAUGAAAACACAGAUAACGCUAACAUUGAUGCCCUGAAUCCCACGACAUUGAUUCCAACAGAAACCCAGGCUAGCGUAACACAAGAAGUGACAGUUUUAGACGACUAUCUGUUCAGCGUUAAUAGCUUUCUCGGUCGAUGGUUAGGUGGGACGGGAGAAGACGUUGCUUUGCCUCGGAUACCAAGAGACUGCUUGUACACGAAAGACGACGACCUUAUGGAGUGCGAUCCUCAGACGCAGACGAUCGUACUGCGCAUGCGCAGACAGCGGUUCCCUGAGAGCACUUGCCCGCCCCGAAUCAUCGUCCCGUGCGUCGAAUAUACUAGAGGACCUCCUCCUGGUAGACAAGAUUUCUCCGACCGGCCGCCAGAAACGAGUGACGCACCUUUGCCAGUAGACACUGGGCCUGGGCCUCCUCAAGGAAGAACGGGUUUCCCUGGCAGACCCUCCGUCAAUCUGAACAUACCAUUUAUGGAUAUCAUACCAGAUGGUUGUCGGUACACACCAGAUCGCGGUUCGACCUGUGACCCCGAAACAAACUCCAUUAUUUUACGAUUACGCGGUGCACGCUCGCCAAGAGAUAACUGCCCUUCCAAUUUGAUUCGCACCCGCUGUUUAACCAGCAUUACAGAAGACCAUGUUCCCGAAAAUGUACCUUUCACGCCCAACCGGGACGAAAUUCCAUUCUACGAACAGGUACCUCCAGAUUGCAUAUAUGAACAAAGAAGAGCAUGCGAUUCGGGAACGCUAAUUACCACACUGAGCCUUCGCAGACCGCGCAGGAGGCAGGCCCGCUGUGACCCAGUUAUCCAUGCACCAUGUGCCACUCAACUGCAGCGCAGACGGAGGCAGGCAGACGACAAAUCCGUUGACAUCCCAACUCGGACAGACGAAGCAACUGACGAAGCCGACUCCUCUGGUAGCAGUGUCAGAGUGUUUCAAACGCCACCAAGAGGCUGUUUCUAUCUUCCGUCGGGACCGUGUGACUACUCACUCCUCUCUCGACCAAUGACCCGAAUGUUCGGAUCGCAGGAUUGUCCCCGAAAAAUACAGCUACGGUGCACUGUUACUGGCGUGCUAAGUAUGCGAACCUUAUCUCAUCCGUUCCCCGAAAAGAUGGCAGCUAGUGAAGCGCUAACAGGAAGUAACGUCAUCCCAGUUAUCAGUGCCAUCCCAACAGGUUGCAACUACGUGACAGAAGACGAAUCAGUGUGUAAAACGGAAGCAGGAACUGGUUUUGUGCGCAUGCGCAAUCUGUUCUUCUCAUCUAGGAGAUGUCCCCCAAGAGUACGCGUCCCUUGCGCCUCAAUUAAACCAGCGAAGAGGCACUUGAGCGGGCUUGCACCGGAAGUGGUACGACAGGCGGUCGCGACAUCUUUGUAGGCCAACAGUCCUCAACUAGAUUAACGAUUAAUAAAUGGACCAUAAAAUGUAAAACAAAGCGGGGAUCAUUAUUGUUAAAUGUUUGUCUUAAAUUGCAUGAUGUAUAUGUAUAACUAUGCUUGUGACAAAUGCUUUUCCUUGAAUUCAAAAUAAUUGUAAAUUUUAAACGAGGACUUUUAAAAAAAUAUAUGUGAUUUGUGUCAUUCAAUAUAUUGUGGGAUAGGGUCUAACGAUGAAAAUAAAUGCACUUUUAAAUAACGUUCAGU